AUGGCCAGCCGGGGUUGCAGCUGUGGUCCCGGCCACUUGAAUGAGGACAACGCGCGCUUCCUGCUGCUCGCCGCGCUCAUCCUGCUCUACCUCUUGGGGGGCGCCGCCGUCUUCUCCGCGCUGGAGCUGGCGCACGAGCGUCAAGCCAAGCAGCGCUGGGAAGAGCGCCUGGCCAACUUCAGCCGCGGCCACAACCUCAGCCGCGAAGAGCUGCGCGGCUUCCUCCGCCACUACGAGGAAGCCACCAGGGCCGGCAUCCGCAUGGACAACGUCCGUCCGCGCUGGGACUUCACCGGCGCCUUCUACUUCGUGGGCACCGUUGUGUCCACCAUAGGGUUUGGGAUGACCACUCCAGCGACCGUAGGAGGAAAGAUCUUUCUGAUCUUCUACGGCCUCAUCGGCUGCGCCAGCACCAUCUUGUUCUUCAACCUCUUCCUGGAGAGGCUGAUCACGGUCAUCGCCUACAUCAUGCGGUCGUGCCACCAGCGGCAGCUGCGCAGGCGCGGGGCGCUGCCCGCGGGCAGCCUCAAGGCGGCGGGCCGGGGCGCGGACAGCCUGGCCGGCUGGAAGCCCUCGGUGUACUACGUGAUGCUCAUCCUGUGCUCGGCCUCGGUGCUCGUGUCCUGCGGGGCGUCGGCCGUGUACGCGCCCAUGGAGGGCUGGAGCUACUUCGACUCGCUCUACUUCUGCUUCGUGGCCUUCAGCACCAUCGGCUUCGGGGACCUGGUCAGCAGCCAGGGCGCGCAGUACGAGAGCCAGGGCCUCUACCGCCUGGCCAACUUCGUCUUCAUCCUCACGGGCGUGUGCUGCAUCUACUCGCUCUUCAACGUCAUCUCCAUCCUCAUCAAGCAGACGGUGAACUGGAUCCUGAGGAAGGUGGACGGCCGCUGCGUCCAGCCGUGCCACCGCAGACUGGCGCGGUCGCGCAGGAACGCGGUCACCCCGGGCAACGUCCGCCACCCGCCGGGCGACAUCUCCACCGAGACGGACGGCGUGGCCGACAGCGACACGGACGGCCGGCGGCUCUCGGGGGAGAUGAUCUCCAUGAAGGACUCCAGCAAGGUGUCGCUGGCCAUCCUGCAGAAGCAGCUGUCCGAGAUGGCCAACGGCGGCCCGCACCAGGCCGGCGCGCCGUCCCAGGAGGACGAGUUCUCGGGCGGGGUGGGCGCCUUCGCCAUCAUGAACAACAGGUUGGCAGAGACCAGCGGGGACAGGUAGAGGACCGGUUGCUGCCGGGCGCGAGGCCUGGCGGGGACUGGAGCAGGAGACGCUGGCCCUCCACGGC